AUGGAUUGCACAUACAAAACCAACAAGUUUGAGAUGCCAUUGUUCAACAUUGUCGGGAAAACUUCUACAAAUGCUCAUUUUAGUGUUGGUUUUUGCUUCUUGAAGAAUGAGCUUGAAGAGAGCUAUGUGUGGGCAUUAAACCAAGUGAAGCUAUUAUACGAAGAGGGAUACACUCCAAAGGAUGUUGAUCCCUUUUGGCAACAAUUAUCAUUCCGUGAAACAAUAAUUGAUCGAGAUUUUGGAGGAACGUCUGGCGAUACCGAGAUUGGAAGAGAUCUAUCCGAGAAAUAUGCUUCACUAAGUCGGGGCCAAAUACAAAUAUGGUUGAGUAACUUGAGAGAUUUCAUAUAUCCACAAUUUAGGUUUGAUAUCAAGGAACCACCAAAGGGUAAGAGUAAGGGGAGGCCUCCUACCAAAACAAAGAGUUACGUACGAAAUAAAACCGCAAGGGAAUUGGCGGAAGAAUCAAAGAAAAAAGAUCCUUCGGGUUAUGAAUGGUUGAGAAAGGAAUAUGAAACGUGGGAUGAGAUGGAAGAGGAUGAUAUUCAAGGUAGAAACAAACGGAAAAUAGGUCAAGCGGAACCAAGCCGUCGAAAUGUACAAGAAAAAUGUAUCGAGCUACCUACUCAAGAAAGUUCAACAAGCAAAAUUGAUGUUAAAGGAAAAGGUCUGGUUUCCUCCCAAGCUAGUUCAAUUAAAAAACUUGUUGGUAAAGUUGGUCUUAAACAAUUAGCAAGGAACAAUGGAAAUAGUCUGAUGGUUGAAAACAUUCCAUCAAGUGGUGAGAAGGAGACUCUUCGUAUAAAACGAGUGCCUAAACCACCACCUAGAGAUGAGAAUGGUCGAUAUAUCCGGAACUAUUAUAUUCUCUAUGAAAGUAACCUUAUUUUUUUCCCCGACUAUAUUCGUGAUUAUAUCAAGGCCACGGAUGAUGUUCAUGGUGAUGAGAAUUGUGGUUACCACGUCUUCGUGGAUCAACUUGGACCCUUUGAAGAUGCGAAAGGGUGGGGUUGUGACCAAGUUAAUUACGUAAAGAAAAAAUGCUUAAUGGAACUACGUGGUCACUGCGACUUCUAUAAGCCGAUGAUGAGAGUUGAAAGAGACGAAACUGAUGAGGUGUUAAAUGAGAGCUUUGAGGGAAUGGAAAGGUGGUUAAACGGAAAUAUAUGUUUGACAAGCGAAUAUUGGAUGAGCAUGCCUAUAUGUGGCCAACUACUCGCCAACGCAUUCAAUUGCGUCAUUCAUUUAAUCUCCAGAUACAUGAGCCAUACAUUUGCACCAACAAGAAUACCGUUUGACGAAGAUUUGUCAACAACAAAAACAGUUGUCAUGGGGCACGUGCAAGGAAGUCAUUACAUCGGCCUCCGAUUGCAAUAA